AUGAGGAAAGCGAGUAGAGGAUUUAUUGUUACUGUUGUUGUUACUGUUACUGUUGUUAUUGUUGUUGUUACUGUCGUUACUGAUGUUACUGUUGUUGUUACUGUUGUUGUUACUGUUACUGUUGUUAUUGUUGAUGUUGCUGUUGUUAUUGCUGUUGUUGCUGCUGUUAUUACUGUUGUUGCUGCUGUUAUUACUGUUGUUGCUGCUGGUAUUGCUGCUGUUGUUACGGUUAUUACUGUCGGCUGUUGUUACUGUUGUUGA